AUGGAUGAGUCCAUGGAGCCCGGCACAUCGCGCUCUGACCCCAACAUUGAUUUACCAGGUAUGGAAGUGUCUUCAGAAAAUGUAAGAUUUCUCUUUUUGUGCCCAGUUUAUAGAUUAAUCGCCAUGUGGUGUUGUGUGAGACAUCCUAGCGGACGUUGGAAAGAAGAAAUCGGGAAAUUCUGUUGUCGAAAAAGGGCACUUGUUCCAUCAUUAUUGCAUCAUUUUGUAGGGACCGAUGGAGAAACGCAAGAAAGGACUGGAGAAAGCGCGAGAAAACCGGAACCAGAAGAAGAGAAUCAACAUAAAGCUAGCUGAGAACUUCAGGAAGGUUCCGUUGAAUGUAAUGGAUGAAUCCAUGGAACCCAGCACAUCGCGCUCCGACCCCAACAUUGAUUUACCAGCUAUGGAAGUGUCUUCAGAAAAUGUAAGAUUUCUCUUUUUGUGCCCAGUUUAUAGAUUAAUCGCCAUGUGGUGUUGUGUGAGACAUCCUAGCGGACGUUGGAAAGAAGAAAUCGGGAAAUUCUGUUGUCGAAAAAGGGCACUUGUUCCAUCAUUAUUGCAUCAUUUUGUAGGGACCGAUGGAGAAACGCAAGAAAGGACUGGAGAAAGCGCGAGAAAACCGGAACCAGAAGAAGAGAAUCAACAUAAAGCUAGCUGAGAACUUCAGGAAGGUUCCGUUGAAUGUAAUGGAUGAAUCCAUGGAACCCAGCACAUCGCGCUCCGACCCCAACAUUGAUUUACCAGCUAUGGAAGUGUCUUCAGAAAAUGUAAGAUUUCUCUUUUUGUGCUCAGUUUAUAGAUUAAUCCCCAUGUGGUGUUGUGUGAGACACCCUAGCGGACGUUAUAAAGAAGAAAUCGGGAAAUUCUGUUGUCGAAAAAGGGCACUUGUUCCAUCAUUAUUGUAUCAUUUUGCAGGAACUGACGGAGAAACGCAAGAAAAGACUGGAGAAGGCGUGA